AUGAGGUUAAACAAGAACCUCAUCAACCUUCUCAAAGAACUCGAGGACCGCGUCGAUGAGUCAGAUAAGAAGGCCAUCAAACAGACGUUACACGAUGUAGAAGAUGAUCUCGUUUCCCUGGAUUCUCUGCAAUCUGUCAGGACUCUGGGGAAAAGGCCACGCGAGCAACCUACGACGAGAACAGAGACAGGGGACGGCGAUGAAGGCAAUCACGGAGAGGCUCUUGUAACUGCAUCGGUCGGAUCCAACGAGGACCUCGACUUCCUUGACGAAGAUUUGAUGCGCACCCGCGAGUCGAGAGAGACCGGCUACAUGGGCCAAAACUCAGAGGUCCAAUGGUUACGAAGCGUUCAGCGUCAAGCAGAGCGUGGCAACUCAGAUCCUCAUGGGCAGCGAUACGGCCCUCCUGGCGCAAGCUCGGCGGCUAUUGACGAACGAUCCGAAGCUUUGCAUGAACGAAGACAGAACGCUAGACCAGGCUCAAUGCAACACAUCACGGAUGCGACUUUUUACCUGGAUGGCGACGACAUUGAGGUCGACAUCGCUGUAGACCCGGACGAGAUGCCUGGCCCGGAUAUUGCUGAGAAGCUCUUUGAUUGCUACAUGGGAACUGUACACGGUACAUUCCCACUCAUGCCUACUAACUUCGAGGACCAAUUCCGGCGCUACAUUCAAUCUCUCAGAUUCGGACGUCCGUACUCAAUCCCUCCCCCUUGGCGUGCCACCAUGAAUCUGCUUUUCGCCAUCGGCGCUAAGUACUCUCAUCUCAUUAGUGCCGAGUGGCGAGGCGAUGAGAGAGACCACCUUGUAUAUAUGACACGAGCUGUUCAACUCUUGGGACUAAGAGAUACCAUAUCGUUCCUCGCAGCACCCAGUCUGGGCAGGAUCCAAGCAACGGGAACGUUAGCAUUUUACUUCCUUGUCAUUGGGCACGUGAGUAGAGCAUGGAUCAUGAGCGGGCUCUCCGUCAGACUUGCCUUGGCACUUGGUCUACACUUGCGCAACGAGGACGAUUCGAUGAAUGACUCUAAGAGAGAGCCUCCGAACCCGAAUCUCCAGAUCGAGACGCAACUGCAGCACCACAGCCGUCUCGCAUUAGAACAAGCUACAAUACACCUCGGACUCCUACAAGCAGUGCUGCCUCUGACUCUGGCCAACGGCAUACAGAUGGAAGCCACUAUCUGCAUACUCCAAUCCUGGGAGUACGUACAGACGAAGAUCACGGAGCUGCUCAAAGAAUUGGAGGACUGGGUCAAGGAGGCCUUGCCACCUGAGGAUAUCCGCCCAAGUGACUGGAACCGACGACCUGAACUUAAUCGCGAACGCUUUCUGCUCCGAAUUUACUACUGGAGUACAAAGGUCCUUAUUACCCGACCUUGUCUCUGUCGGAUCGAGCGAAGGAUAUCAACGGAGAGUGAGAAGUCCAUGAACUUCAACAUCAUGCAAUCACUAGCCGUGCUGCUACUGGAAAUGGCCUACGAAGGGAAGCACCUGAAGGAUGAGAGAGAGGACAUCAUGGGCUGUAUCAAGAAGAUGAUACGCUGGCUUCGAGCCAUGAAAGCCAACGACCCAGUCGCUGCUCGGGCUCAUGAUGUCGUUUACAAGAUUCUCAACACAUGCGCGCCGGCACUUCGGGAGCAAGUCAAGGAGCUAAUUGCCGACGAUACCGAGUGGACGUCUCAACCCGCACAGCCUGCACGCUCCGCCCGCCCUUCUACGUUCACGUCGCAGUCAACCUCAUGGGAUGCAACAGGUGCUGCUGGCUACUCACAAGAAUUGCCACCAAAUUUCCCACCACCGUUGUCCGAGGCCCACUUCAUGGAUCCGCUACUUUCAUACCCUAUGCCGGCUCAACAACCAACAUCUUUCGCUUUUGGAAACCCCUUCAUGACAAGCUUUGAUCAAGGCGUCCCUCUUAUCGAUAUGCAGCAACUGUGGUGGCAGUCGGCGCCCUUGAGCAACCUGGGCCUGUAUCCCUCUGAGAUGAAUAUGUCACAGCAGCAACUCAUGCAACAGCAAAUGCAGCAGCAGAUGCAUCAACAGAUGCAAAUGAGCGAUCUCACGGAGCAGCAGGAUGAACAAGGGUCUUCCGGGCAGCCGUCUGGCUAA